AUGUCACUUCUCCGACAAGGCCAGGUUCUUCGGGGGAACCUAGGAAAAUAUGUCAUUACGAAACAAAUUCAAGAGACGGUGUGGUUUGCAGAAAAUCAGACAAAGGCAAAAGUUAUAGCCAAGGGAGUCUACGGCCAUCCUCGCGUUACGAAUGAGCGAGAUGUUCUUAAACGUUUUCAGGGUCGAACACCGUACUUAAGGCCCUUGACUGACGAAAUUCAAGAACCGUCGGAACCACCAAUUAUCGUCCUUAGAUACCUCGAAGAUCACCUUCUGAGCUCAUCGAUAAAGAAGCAACUAAGUCGAAAGGAGCUGAAGCACGUUGCACGGUGCAUUCUGGAAGCAUUGAAUGUACUCCACGAGGAUGGAUAUGUGCAUACAGACGUCAAACCUGAUAACAUCUUCGUAAAUUAUAGAGAGGGAGAUAACCGGUUUUCAGAUGUCCAGCUUGGUGAUCUUGGAGGUGCCUGUUCUACUAAUAGCGCGAUCGCUAAAGAAGGCACACCAAUCGGAGCACCUAUGUGGUCUAGUCCUGAAGUGAUAAUGGAAACGCCUUGGAAUACCGCCACUGAUAUUUGGUCGUUUGGUGCUGUACUUAUCAGUCUUAUUUAUGGUGGCAACUUUAACCUUUUUCGGCCACGUACUGUUCCAUAUGGUCAUGAAGAAUACAAUCUGGAGGUUCUGAAGCAGCAAUUCCGAUACUUCGGUCCGUUUCCUCCGAAGUACGAAGAGAUUGCAGGCCCAGAGACAGUUACAGCUAUCUUAUACCUCAUGCAAGAGAUCCCGCAAUCUCAGACCACGCCAUUUCAGCGAACAACAGAGCGUGAGGUAUGCCAAAAAGACAAGGCAUUCAUUGGCAAGAUUAUGAUGAUGGAUUGGAGAGAUAGACCUACAGCAAAGGAUCUUCUGCAGGACGAGUGGUUUCAAGAAGACGGAGAAGAAUAA